AUGCCUCAGUUGGAAAGAACCAAAAAGAAGAAAUCUCCCUUGGUCAAGUCACGAAGCAGUGAUAGUAUCAACUACCAUCCCGUCCGUAGCAAAGGUUCCAAAACUAGAUUGAAUGGCAAUUUAAAAAUGACUGGCUUAACCAAAGUGAGGUCUAAUCCUGGGUACACUAUUAGGAGUAACAGUAAUCCAAAGAGUUAUGCAUCUAGUAUGGUCAAAAAGAAGAACAAAGUAGAAUUGGAUCUAUUUGCUAGAGAUAAUGAUAGUGACUCCGACAAUAGUCAAACUAAAGAUAACGAUUUUGAAAGUGAUGAUGACAAUAAUGGCCCUGAUAAUUUUGAAGAUUAUGAGUCUGAUACGGAUGGGAAAGAAGAAGAGGAACAAGUAAUAAAAAAAGGAAAGCAAGAGAAUAAUGGAAUAGAAGAAGCAAAUACUAAAGAAAAAAUGACUUCUGAGGAUGAUUCCAUCAAGGAUGAAGCUGAAACAUCUGAGCAUGGUGAUAUGAUUGUGCCAGAAUUAUCCAAGUUGGCAGUUUCUCAAAAGGACUUAAAGGAGAUACCUGAGGAUAUCAAUCAUGAUCUUAAUCAUUCGCAUCAAAUAUCUGAAAUCAAUAACCCGCAAGGAAAUUCCAAAGCAAUUGGUGAAGAUUUAAGUGUAAUAAAUAAAGCAGAAGAAUUGCAAGGUAUGACAGCAAACAAUAAUGAACUUUUGACGGACCAAGAGCAGGAUACUUUAACCUAUUUGACUAAUAGUGUCUCUGCAGGCCAUUUAGAUAACGUUGAUGGUAACGAAAGUGAGAACAGUGACAGUGAUAGCUCUACAAGCAGUGAUGAAGAGCAUAAGCCAGAAGGGGCGGAAGAGGGUAUUGCUGCCGAAGAAGAGGAAAGGCCUGAAGAUGAAGAUUUCACUGAGAGGAGUUACCAGAUUAAUAUUCCCAAUCCGAGGUUGUUAUCUUCUAGAUUUGAUAAGAAAUUAAAGCUCCAGAGAGAGUCUUCUUUAAUUGUCAAUAAUGAUGGUACUGCUAUCCCUACUCUUUCUUCCCCAGAAGUAGGUGCCAGAAAUUCCAAUAAACUAUUUCCGAGUCAUAACCCAGGCAACAAUGCGAAAUCUACAAAACAAUGGAAAUAUUCUAUGCAAUAUACAGAAACAGACUUGGACAAUAGCUUUUUCAAUCUUCAAGGUGCGAAAAAGCCAGCUUUCGAAGAAGGUAAUACCACAUCAAAAAAUGGUGGGGCUAAAUUGAAUACUAGAGGAGGAUUGGGAUUAGCAAUCAAUAACGUUUAUGGAGAUGAGCCAAUUGAUUUUGAUAAUAGGUAUAUUAAUAUCAGAAAGUUAAAUGAUGAAUUAUAUUUGGACUAUUAUAAUUUACGAAAUUUUUAUAAUCCCUUAAUUAAAAGUGUCAAGGAUAUCUAUAAUUUCGCCAAAUAUGAAGAGAAGUUGAACAACGAUUCGGAAAGCUUGUUUCGUUCAGAAAAUAAAAAUAAUGUCAAUAUUAGGAGUAGAAGGAAUACCAGCCAUUCAAACUCUUCUAGCUUCAAUCAGCUACAAAGCAUACAGUCAAACAUAUCUUCUAAUACUACGCAUACAGCGACAAACAAGUCUUUGAGAAAUGAGUUGAUGCAUUUAUAUCUGUUGCCAAAUGAUGGAGGAAAUGAUAAUAAUAGCUUAUUUAGCAACAAUACUGUCAAAAAACAACGAAAAGAUAAUUUGCUAAUUUAUGAGUAUGAAAAUGAAUUGUUCGGAAAUGGCCCCAGUGUGGUCAACAAUAGUUCGAUAAAGCAAAAGCAAAAAUCCAAGAAGACGCCAACAAAUCUAUCCAAGAAGCAUAUUACUCUUGGUAAGAUUCUUGUUAGAGAUAGUGGAAACUUGAAAUUAGUCAACCAGCUUUUUGCAAAGCAAAUGGAAAAACAUCAAAAGGAGAAUAUGAUUACUACCAAAGUCUUUCAACAACAAUUGGUAAAUAAUAACCCAAGCCUUGGAGGAAGUAACGUGGUGCCAGGUAAUGUAGGAUCAUCGACUCCAAACGGUCCAUUAGUGAUGCAGCGUAAUAUGGGCGGACAACCCCGGUCAAUGCAGCGAAUUAACAGCGGGGUUGUAAAUAAUAAUGUGAAUUUAAUCCAAGGUCACCAACAAUAUUCUCAAACUGCCAAUCAACAGCAACCUCCAUUAACGAAGGCACAGUAUCAACAAUUUCUCAAGGAAAGAGAGCAACAGCGACAGAUGCAAUUAUUGCAACAGCAGAAAAAGCAACAGAAAUUGGAGGCUCAGCAACAGAAGCAACAAGAAUUGGCAGCCCAGCAGGCAGAUCAAAACCGGCAACUUAAUCAAAAACAACAAUAUGGUGAUAUAUUUUAA